CGACAUUCAAACGAUACAAUGCCUGACUAUGCUGGACCGAAUACGGGUGCGGAUCCAACCAUAUACAACAUAUAUCCAUACCGAAUACAUCAUAAACGGAUACAAACAGAUAUCAAUCUUGCUCAAGAGAGUAGCUUCUCGAGAACACCCCGAAAUACGAACCGGAACUAUGACGACUGCCCGUUCUACGUUCAUAGACCACAUUUGGCUUUUCAUCGCCCACCCAGAGUGCUCUAUGCUGGUGAAGACAGAAAAGGGAAGCCGAAAGUUCUGAUACACUCAAGCGCAUUCUGGUGCGAGUACAAGCUCCAAUACGGCAACAGCCUCGCAGCAUCUGGUGCAGUGGACCCAAGAGGGUUGGUGAAAUGGAGGCACGACGGGGGUACCCGAGCAGAUCGAAAGCGUGACGAUAGGAAACUCAAAGGAUACAAAGUCGGUAACUGGCAUGUGCCAGGUGACUCAGGCAAGAACUACGAUGCCCGAGUCAAAAUGAACCGUCAGAAUGGGACCGGCCAGGACCCUGAUGUUUCCAUCCACACUAUCAACCCGGGACUCCAGGGUGCCAGAGCUGAGGGAGUUGUGUAUCUGAAGUGGAAAAGUCCUCUGUCGCUGAAGACACGCCAAUACGACUUCAACUACGCUGGUGUGGAAUUCCGCUGGAAAGGCACUAAAUCGGUUGACAAGCCGGGAUUUCGUGGCGUCUUUGUGAGAUACGGUCAUCUCAAACUCGAAGCACAGCUUCCUGCCACAAUGACCGGACAAGAAAUGAGUCUGCCCAUUUGCUUAGGGAAGUACACCUCGUCUGUCACGUUCAAAAAGUUUGGUCACCUUGAACUGUUUGAUCGUGCGAUUUGGAAGUUGCAGGAUCAGAUCAACCUAUCUACCAUGAAGCUCAGCGACUCGGAACUGGAAGAAGAAAGAGGAAAGAAUGUGAAAAGCUCUGAUUUGUACCAGAUCAUAGUGGCUACAGCGAUGUGCAUGAUUGAAUCGGAGAAACAAAAGCGAGCGUUUGCGUACAAGUGGUUAGUACUGGGAGAUGGCGAGGGUGCUGAUGGUAGUGGCGGCGGCGGCGACGGUGGUGAGUGA